AGAAGAUAUGGAAGCGUUUUGCGGUGAAUGGAAACCAGUAUCGGUAAGCGAGAAUUUUUGCGAUUAUUUAACGGCAACCGGAGCUGAAGCGGAUUUCGUCGAACGCGUGAGAGAACAUAUAAAAAGUGGUAAUAUUGCUCCAAAUUUGGUAGAAAAAGUCGGUAUUGAAGGCAAUGUUGUGAAUAUGACAGUCGAAGUUGGUGGAAAGGAGACUUAUAAAAUCUCUCUAAAGUUGGGAGAACCAACCGAAAUUCAAACUCUCGACAAGAGAACGGUUACGCGCCUAACCGAAUUUAAAGAUGGAGAAUUUCAUUUUAACGACACUGGGCCGUACGAAGCACACUUAACAUCUAAAAUAAUCGACGGUGGCCGAAUACUUCUGACUCUCAGCUGCAACGGCAUAGAGGCGACUAGAUGCUACGAAAGAGUUGCUUAAUAUACUUGUACUGUAUUGGACUAACAAAAUAAAAAUUCACAAUAUGGUCUUCUGAAAAAAAGUUGCUAAUCUUGUUUAUUUUUAACUGAAAAGGGGAAAUGUACAUUGUGUUUAUAGACGUACAAACAAACCAAAGAAAACACAGACAUACAAAGGAAGAAUGAAAAGUUAAAAGAAUAGGAAAAGGCGAGAGAGCGAGAGAGAGAGCGCGCGCGAGAGAGAGAGAGGGAAAAUAAAAAACAACUAGGGAACGAAUGAAUGAAUGGCUGAAUGAAUGAAUAAAUGAAUGAAAGAAACUUAUAAGGUAAAGGAACAAAAAGAUAAAAAGGGCUUAGGAAUAAAAUAUUACGACUUUUUAAUAUAAAGAAACGCAUACAACUAUUCUCACCUAAUCGAUAACCGUUACUUUACAUUUUUUAUUUACCGAAAAUUUAUGGAAAUAGAAAUAAAUGAAUGAACCGGAAGUGUAUGAAUAUUAUAUAAAAAUACUAACUCUUUCACGUUGAUAACAAAAGAAAAGUCACUUUUAAAUUUUACAAUGUUAGGAAGAAGUGCAAAGGAGAAAGAGGAAAUAACAAGGAAGAGAGAGAGUGAGAUAGAGAAGAGAUCUAAUACUCCUCAACUAAUUUUAAUAAUUACUGACUAAAUUGGUUAACGAAAUUUAAUAGUUAUAUAUUUUAUUUAAUAAGCGAAAAGUAAUGAUUUAAUAAAUUGAUGUGACAAGAAGUUUUAGUAAAUAUCCAAAAUAACCAGUAAUCAAUAGCUUAAGACCUUAAAUUAUUGGAUAAGUUGAUAAGGUUCAUCCACAAUUCUCCAUGGAUUUUUACGGGCUUUAUAAUCUGAAAUAUUGGCUAAAGGAAAAAUUGUAUCGUUUUUAAUGUCAAUAAAGUGCUUACUGACCUCCUUUCUUUGUGUAUGUUAGAAAAAAAGGAUACAAAAAGAGAUAGAGAGAAGAACGGAUAGAUAGAUAGAUGGAUGGAUGGAUAGCCAGAGAGCAAGGCAGAGAGAGAGAGAGAGAAGUAGAUACUAUACAUACAGAAACAGACGUUAGGAGAUUUGAAAGACAAUUGAACUGUCUGAUGAUAGUUUUUUAUUUGUCUUGUAAAUGUGAACUUUGUUAAAGGUAUUAGAUGUAUUUAAAUAAAUAAAUCUCGAUUGAUAUAUAUCAGAUCUCUCUAUGCCUGUCUGUCUAUCUGCC